AUGACCGACGGCUCUUACUCUUACACCGGUUCCUACACCGGCGACUACUCGUACUCGUACUCGUACUCGUACAGCUAUUCGGACGGCUCCGGCUCCUAUACCGACAGCACCGCUAAGAAGUCCCUGAGCCGCGUGCCGAGAGCGGCUCCCGCCGCUCAAAGCACACAGAGCAAGAGGACGCCUUCUCCAUCAAAGUCAAAGCCUACGAAGGACGAGGACUCGGGAGAGAGCUAUGGCUACAGCUACAGCGCCUCCUCUUCGCCGAACGAGGGGACAGCCGGCGCGGCAGCACCAGCCGCGGCCAACAGCGCAAGCAACCAGAAACGCCUGACGAAUGCAAACGGGGACGAUGAUAGAUCGUAUAGUUACUCCUACACCGACGAUGACGAGGGCUCGUACAGCUACAGCUACUCCGACAGCGAGACAGGGACCGCCUCACCACCCGCGCUGAGGGCACCCAAGGCGGAGGUAGCAGGGGCACGGCGACAGCACACCACACCAGCGACAGGGCAUGCCAAUCGGUCCGCAGGCGCCACCCCGCCAGCGGUGACGUCGACAGCCGCAGCUGCCACCAAUAUGGCGUCCACGGGGUCGUACUCGUACUCAUACUCGUACUCGGACGAUGACGACGGCCCGUACAGCUACACGGACGGCUCGUACGACUACACGGACGGCUCGUACUACUACUCGGACGGCUCGUACUACUACUCGGGCGGCUCGUACGACUACACGGACGGCUCGUCCUAUUACUAUACGGACGGCUCGUCCUAUUACUAUUCGGACGGCUCCUCCUACUACUCGGACGGCUCGUACUACUAUUCGGACACCUAUUCGUAUACCGGAGACAGCAGCUACUACUACUCGUACUCUUCCUCUGUUGCAUCCGGAGAGCGGAGAGGGAGACCAGCCAAGCUGGGUGCUGAGAUGGCGUCGGGCUCGUCGGACUACUACUACAGCUACAGCGGCGACUACGCGGACUUGUCCGACUCCUACUACUACGGCUCGUCCUACACCGGCGAAGACAGCUACUACGACUACUCGUACCCGUCCUACAGCUACUCCUCCUACACGGAUAGUGAAGGCAUCCAUCACCACGCUGUGGACAGAGCGAAGCGGCGCGAGGCAGAGGAGGGCAGUGGCACGACAUCCUACACGUACAGCUCAACGAGCAAGACACCGACCUCUACAUCAUCGUACGCCUACGGCAGCUUUGCCGCGUUCCUACUGUCGGAGAAGAGAACGGCUGCGCAGCGGGAGCUUCUGGUGCUGUGUGCACCCGUCAAGGACGUGCCACACCCGCCGCAGGCGCCGAAUCGCUGCUUUGUUGUGUUCAAAACCACCGAGGACGCGGUGUGGGCGUUCCUCCAGCGACUUAUGGUGGUGCAGAAACUCUACGAAGCGAGGCGCGCAGCAACUGGCGGUCAGGCUGUCGCGCCCGUCUCCUUUAUGAAGGGCGCGAAGUCACCGUCGCUGUGUGCAGCAGGAGCAUUCGGCAUCGAGGCAGCGGAACAGGAGGACACGGUCACCCCAUUCAUUCCAACAAAGGACGGCUGCUUCAGUGAGCGCUCCAUGCGCAUCGCGUUUCGCGUGCUGCGACUGAACCACCUUGAGCGUCGAGAGGCUCUGAAGAACGCGCCGGUACCGCUGCCGAUGGAGGUUAUGUUAGACAUCUUUAACACUUGUGUGGCGGCGCGAACAAAGGAGCGGGUGGUGCAAGCUUUUCUGGCACAUGAUACUUACCGCAGCGGCGAGAUGUCGCUGGCGCAGCUCUGCGCACUGCUGCGCCGACUCGGCCUCGGCACGAGUCCGAUCAUCGAAGGCCACCGAAUCAGCAUUGGUGUGUCCACGGAAGGCACCCUGGAGAUGGUGGUAAAUGUUGAGCAAGUGGUUCAGUCAGGCGCCCCGGCAGUACCGGCCUCCUCCAAGUCACAGAAGCCGAUAAGCUGGGAGGUGACUCCCGUCUACGUCCUACGAAUCAUCCGACAGAGUGCUGCCCGGAAAGAAUCGGCGCCAGUACGCUGGAAGCGCAACACACUCUACAUGGGACGCCACGUCAUUGUGCGCAAUGUCUCGACGAAGACCCUGUUCCAGCGACUCAAGACGUAUAUCGAGGCCGCCACGUACCUUUGCGUGCUCGCCAAGGUGUUCUCUAUCAAGGACGCUGAGGGAACGCUGACAGUGCAGUACCCGGCGUUCAUCCGGAGUGUGCUGCUAGCAGUACCUCCCGCGCACGGUCACCCCGACACGGCCGCGAUGGCGGCGCCGCGCAAGCUGCUGUACAUUGAAAACCUCUUCCGUGCUGCGUUCCACCCGCAUGGGGUGCUGCACGCCUACGCGGACGGCCGCCCCGUUCCCCGCUACAACCGUGACUGGGCCGUGGAGUCGACGCUCUGCGCGACAAAAGACACGGAGGAGAAGCGCCGUCGAAACGUGGUUCCCGGCAUCGGCUCCGACAUGCGCCUUAUGCCCCUCCCGUCCUCUCGUCCGCCUGACGAGGUGCAGCUGUCAAUUGUGCUGCAGAAAGUUCGUGUUCCGGCACAGCCGCCGCGAUACGCCCGGUGCUUCUGUCUUGUGAGCGCGAUCACCCCCGCCAACGUGUUUCUGCCGGCCGUCGAGGUGCCGGUGCGUCUCAUUGUCGCGUCCGCAAAGUGCGGCUACUACACGUGGAUCUUUCACGACAAGAAGCACAAGAAGCGCGACACAGUCCUGCAGUUUGCUGGGCCGGCGGUGGAUAGAAUCUACGUGGAGUGCUGCUACGAGACCCACGACAUGUGGCCGCCGGAAAGCAGUGAGGACGCGGCGGCAAAGGCAGAGGAUGCAGCGGGCUCAACCGCGCCGUCGUGCACCACCACCGUGUGGUGUGCGGGCUACACGGUGUUUCCCGUGGACGGAGCCAGGACGGCGGUGCUGCCGGUCAAGGCAGGGAGUCUACUGCAGGAGCAACCGUACAAUUCGGCUCUCCUGGGUAGUGGCGUCGCCGCUGGGGCCGCAGCAUCCGCGCUGAUGGUGCCUGGGGGCAAUUACGCGAAGCUUCAGAACGACUCCUACUGGUAUGCAUCCAAGUCCAGUCGGUGCUGCCAGCGCAAGUACGCAGCUGAUAAGGCACAUCAGAUUAAAGUGAAGGUGCUCAAGUCCGAGACGCCCAUACCCGGGACGGAGCGGCUUCCGGCGCGGUACAUCGCCUUCCAGCGGCAUGUGCUCAUGAUCUCGCAGCUGCGCGCCGCCGUGGAGCUGGUGGGUAGAGAGACGUCGCACGUUGGGCAAGCCUUCCGCCAGCAGGCGGUCCGCUACAUCUUCUCCGUCGCUGCUGACCCUGCGCUGCUGGAUCAGCUGUGCGGUCUCUGGAAGUACCGAGAGCGGCACUGGAGCAAGGCAGAACGCAAGAAUGAAGGACACAAGCAGCGCACCCUUCUCUCCUGCGUCGCUGCUCUCUACGCACUCAAGAACUCGUGCGCUGGUAGCGAGGAGAUCUUUGCCAAGUCCCUGGCGAAGGGAAAGUCGUUGCACAUGAUCAUCGACCCAGCGGCACCGAUGGUACCCGUCCGCGUCUGA